AUGAGCCGCCUGGGCUUCUACGAGGUCGGCAAGUCCGGCGCGACGAUCCGCUCGGAGCCGUCGCUCUGCAGCGCCAAAGUCGGCCGCGCCUCGGCCAAGAGCCUGGUCUACGUCGUGCGCGUCGUCGCCGUCGACGGCGUGGAGCGCUGCGAGCUCGGCGGCGACGAGGACGCGUGCGCGCACCGGAGCGGCUGGGUGAGCCUCUGGGUCCUGCGGCGCGUCGGCGCCGACGGCCGGCCGCUGCCCGCGCGGCCGCGGUGCGACGCGCCGUGGACGCCCGCGCCGUGCGCCGCGGGCGGCCUCCGCUUCCGCGCGGAUUUCUGUUCUGGAAAUCUCAAGGCCGCCCGCCUCAACGCCCAGGACGGCUGCGUCGAGCUGCUCACGCGCCGCGACUGCGAGGGCCAGCCGUGGGGCUCGCGCCACUGCACGUGGUUCUACUUCUCCGUGGCGGACGAGCGGCCCGGCGCGUUUCGGCCGCCGGCGAAGCUCCGGAUCCUCACGGCGAGCCGCCAGGGCGCCCUCUUCCGCCACGGCUACCGCCCCGUCGUUCGGCCCGGGUCGGGAGCGCGCGACACGUGGGCCGCGCUCUCGGCCGCGGGAUCCGGCGGCUGGCGCCGCGUCGACGCGGAAACGUUCUCCUACCGCGAGGUGCCCGACGACGAGAGCGACGACGACGACGAGGCGAGCGAGAACACGCCGCCGGGCGACGACGACGACGACGCGCCGCCGCCGCCGCCGGGCGCCGCGGCGCCGCCGCUCCCGCCCGCGCCGCCGCCGCGCCGGAAGAAGGCCUCGCCGUCGAAGGCGAAGAAGAAGAAGCCCAAGAAGCCCAGGAAGAAGGGCGGCACCAAGACCAAGUGCGAGCUCGAGUGGACGCUCGACUUCGGGGAGGAGCGCGUACUGGACGUCGCGUUCGGGUUUCCCUACUCGUGCGCGGAGGUCGACGCGACGCUCGCGGCUCUAGACGCGGCCUACGGCGACGACCCGGACAUCCUGUUCAAGCGCGAGGUGCUGACGCGGUCCCUCGAGGGGCGGCCCGUCGAGGUCGUCACCGUCACGGAGCGGCGGCCGCAGCGGGCCUGGGGCGAGCCGAGCCUCGCGGGGCUCGCGGGCCGCGUCGAGGACUGCGUCGUCAGGCGCGGCGGCGGCGAGGCCUGGGGCCUGUCGACGGCGCCGCCGCCGGACGACUCGGGCGGCGACGACGACGACGACGACGGCGCCGUCGACGCGGCGUCGCGGCCGCGGCUCCCCGAGGGCGGCUACGCGAUCACGCCGGACCGCGGCGGCGGCGGCCUCGACGCCGACGCCGUCGCCGCGCGCCUCGAGGCCUGGGCCGGCGACAGCAGGGAGAUCCUCGUGAGCGCGCGCGUGCACCCGGGCGAGUUCCCGGCGUCGUUCGUCGCCGACGGCUUUUUGGAAUUCAUUUUACGAAAAGACGACGACCGGGCCGCGGAGCUGCGGCGGCGCUACGUGUUCCGCGUCGUGCCCCUGCUCAACCCCGACGGCGUGAGCCGCGGCCACUGGCGCAAGGACGCGCGCGGCGACGAUUUGAACCGGUGCUACUGGCCCGACGCGGACGGCCGCGCGCACCCGACCUGCGCGGCGCUGCUGGCCCUCGCGGCGUCCGCGGGCGAGAGGCUCGCGUGCGUCGUCGACUGCCACGCGCACGCGACGCAGCGCGGCACCUUCGUCUUCGGCAACUGCGGCGACCUCGGCGGCUCGGACCACGCGGAGGCGCAAGUCUUGGCCGCGUUAUUAGCGGCGCACUGCGCGGUCUUCGAGUUCGAGUCGUCGGAUUUCGGGCGGAAGAAGAUGCUCAACGCGGGGUCCGCGCGCGUCGCGCUCCACCACCUCGGCCUCUGCCCCCGGCGGCGCCGCGACAGGCCGUGGCCGCGGUGCCGCGCGUUCACGCUCGAGUGCAACUACAACAAGGGCCACGCCGUCGACGCGACGGCCCUCGCGCUCCAGCCGCCGCGGUCCGCGCGGGGUUUGGCGCCCGACGCGCCCUACGGCCCCGCGACGUGGCGCGGCGUCGGCCGCGCGCUCGCGCUCGCGUUCUCCGACCUCGCGGCGUCCGCGCUCGGCGGCGACGGGUCGGCCGUCGACGACGCGAAGAAGUGGCUCCUGAAGCACCGGAGCCGCCCGUCGAGCUCGGGCCCGCCGGCCGCGACCGCGAAGAAGGCGCCACCGAAGAAGGCGAAGAAGAAGGUGCCGUUCCUGCUCGAGCUUAAGAAGUAG